AUGCCUAUAUCCCAGGUUUUUGCGACAUUUGGCGGAGUUCCCACUACACCCAUCAACAAAAGGGAUCUUGUGUCAACUAAGCUCAGAUUUGACCGUUCAAUGGGAGGGUAUCCUACCGAGGUUAAAAAAGAUCUUGGUUCGGAGCGUAUUGUGGGUAGAGAUGCGAGCUCUGUGAUUGCUGAGGGCGUAAGGUUAUCGAAUGACUUUUGGAAUUAUUUCUGGGACAGCGAUAAACAACACUAUGUAUCCAAAAAAGCGACCUCGGAGACUAUAGGAGACUACAACGGAACCCUUCUAUGGGGAUAUGUUAUUGGCACCCAAGGCCUUCUGGAAGCCCACGCUCAUUCUGGCGAGUUUGCAUCUGAGAUUACUGCCGCCCUAGGCACAAAUGGCAUUGGGAAAUUCUUUCAAAGCUCACUCAAUGCAUACACCGCAUGGGUCUACCCGGGGACAGACAAAGAUGCCUACUAUGAUGACAAUGCUCAAGUCGCGAUCGCAUUUCUGCGUGCAUACGAGCUCGGACUGUCCGACAAGGCUAUGUACCUUACUCAAGCACAGAAGGUCAUUGACUUCCUCUCUGGUGGCUGGGACGAAACCAAUGGUGGUGUCAUCUGGCAUUAUGGUGAUACGGGCAGAAACGCUGUCACAACGUCCUUGACUGCCGUGGCCAUGUUGAGACUCGUUAAGCUUGGACAGGUGACCCCAGGCAUGUCUAAGUCUCAGUUGACCGCGUUCGCGACCAAGUGUAUCGAGUGGGUUCUUACUGAGCUGCAGGUGGAUUCGGGGCUGAUCAAGGAUGGUCCUAACGAUGCACAACUUUACACUUACAAUACUGGUCUUGUCAUCAAUGCUAUCUCAUUGAUGAAUGAACUUAACCCCAGUUACAACGGCGGAUCCAAGGCGAGGACACUCGUAAACGCAGCACUCGACAGGAGCAAGGCCUUGUUCGACACCUCUGUUCCCACCGUUGAGCAUAGAUACUGGUGGGACAAUGUCUUCUUCUGCCAGCUUCUUGUCGAGGGAUUGGCAGAGUACGUCAGAGUCUUUGGUAACGAUAACGCUGGUCUUGCUUCACAGAUCAAGACUGAAUUCAAGAGACAUACCGAUUACAUUAUGACCUACUUGAAGGAUGAUAGUGAUGGGCUAUACUGGCGAGGUCUUGAACUCUACACUAUCAAUGACGACACACUCGCAGCAUACAAGACUCUUACCGGAGACACCACAAGGCAACCCAAGUAUGCCCAGGAGGAGAGAUACUACGAUGCAGCGAGCAUGGCUCUUCCAAUUGCCCAGCGUGGAAUGGCAAAGACCGUGAUCGCACAGGGCGGUGUAGCAAGAAUCCUCUUGAUUGCUGCGAGGCAUCUUUGA